AAAUGGGCGGAUCUGGGUCCUUCUGGGCAGCGGAGAGGAAGUCAAAGCGAUGCCUGUGAUACAAAGCUUUGGAGGUCCCGGAGCUGUUUGGACCUCGAUCCGUACAGUUUUUAGCAGGCAGAAAUACCUGGAAAUUCAGUAAUUAAUCUGCAGUCAUGGAAAGCAAGGGGCCUUAUCGAAUCUAUGACCCUGGUGGGGGGACACAGGAAGAAGCAUCUGCUGCCUUUGAACGGCUAGUGGAAGAAAAUGCAAAACUUAAGGAGAAGAUGCAGGGGAUUAAAUCUCUAGGUAACGGAGAGUUAUUAGAAGAGUCUCAGUUAGAAGCGUCCAGAUUACGUCAAAAAGUGGAAGACCUUGUGAAGGACAACGAAAUGCUAAGAUCAGCCUCCUCUUUUGAAAAAUUUGAAGAAAUAGGAGGUGGGAUUCCAGAACUUUGCCCGUCCUCCAAUCUUCCAGUUGAGGGUGAGAAGAGCCUAGAAAAAGCAGCGCAGAAGCCAUCUCCCAGUGGAUCUUCAUCAGAAUUUGAAAUUGUUGACAAUGAAGAUAAGAGGUCCUCCCAAGAGAGCAGUAGGAAAUCUGACUUAGAGCCACUUCUGAAUGAGGACACCAACCUUAUGCUCCACCUUCAGCGCUUCGAGAACACACUCAGUCUUUUUGCUGAGGAGUCUGACAAAACCCAGCUUUUCGCCCAUCUGGGGCACAUGGCUCUUGAGUUUAACCGCCUGGCCUCCAAAGUACACAAGAAUGAGCAGAGGACGUCUGUUCUUCAGGUCCGAGGGCUGCUGACAUUGUGUGAACAGUUGCGGAGUGAAAACGAGGAGCUGAGGACAAAGUUGGAAAGGGAACUAGAGCAAAGGAAUGAGAUAUCAGAGAAACUAAGGUGUGAGAAUCUGGAACUCAGAAAGAUGGUGAUGAUGGGAAGUAAGGAAAGUGUAAAAGCAGAAAAUAUAGAAUGCGCUGAGCAGCAACAGAAGGGAGCCACAGAGGAGCAAGUAGCAGGGAAGAGCAUGUUGGGAGCAAGUGAGAAGAAAGUGAAGAUACUCGAACAUCAGCGCAAUGAGCUAUUGGAGGUGAAUAAACAGUGGGAUCACCAUUUCCGGAACAUGAAGCAUCAGUAUGAGCAGAAGAUAACAGAUCUACGACAGAAGUUUGCUGACUCCCAAAAGGCACUAGCGGAGUUGGAGACAGAGCGAGAGCAAAAACAGAGAGAUUUUGACCGCAAACUUCUCUUGGCAAAAUCCAAAAUCGACGAAGAAGAGGCAGAAAAAGAGAGACUAGUUGGGGAGGUGAAGGACCUCAAGCACAAGGUGAAGUUUCUUCAGGAUCAAUUGGUGCCAAUCACAAGGCAAAGAGAGUAUCAGGAGAAGGAGAUUAUCCGAUUAAACAAGGCGCUAGAAGAGGUUCUGAAUUUCCAAGCACCUCCUCGUUCUCCCUCAGCCACUGAUCCUAGCCCAGGUCUCCGGCACCAGGAAGUGAUGACCCAGAACGAGCUUCUGAAACAGCAAGUGAAGAUUUUUGAGGAGGAUUUCCAGCGGGAGCGGAGUGACAGGGAAAGGAUGAACGAAGAAAAAGAGGAGCUGAAGAAGCAGCUAGAAAAACUUCAGAAGCAGCUGACCCUGACUAAUAACCAGCUGCGAAUUGUUAAAGAGGACUACCAUAAAGAGAAGGAAGAAAAGGAUAAGUUUAAGAAACUGCUUAAACAGCACAAACAGCAUUCAGGUGACAGAUUGCAUCCUGAGCCACAGCCAGGACAAAUCACCCCAGCCUGCCCCAUGUACUACUUUCAGCACUCUCCUCCAAUCCAGCCACACGCUUAUCAUGCUUAUGAGGACUGGCAGAAGAUCCGGUACCCACCACCAGCGGUGGCAAAUGAGCAUCCUCCAGUUCAGAAUUAUUGUGUCUCACCUCCAGAUUGUAACUGGUAUCCAGCAUAUGUUAUCGCACACAAUCAGAACACACAAGGAGGGGAUGGUGUGAAGCAGUUUACCAAGGAAUCUGACCCUACAGGUCUCGGGUUACCUAAAGCUCAAAAACCCAUUUAACUUUGUGGUGAUCUGUGCAACCUGGCAGAAGCAAAACAGCAUCGUGUGUGUCAAUCCAUCUCAACACUUUUACUUCUGGACAUUGGUCGCAUUUAUUUGUGUGUAAAAAGAGGUCCAUGCCACUUGGAUGCUUGAGAAUAAUAAGCAGGAUUUUUUGAAACUGAACGGCUACCAAGAAGCAACCGUGACCUAGAGUUUUUGGGAAAUCUCUCCUUUUGAAACUUCCAGGUCUUGUUUUCUCUCGGCAUUGGAUCCACAACUUUUUUUUUCUCCUACAUUCAAGGAUUUCAGCUGUAAGAGAACAACCGUUGAGCCCCAGCAGAGAAGACUGGGAAUUCUGGGUUAACAGGACCUAUGUUGAGAUGAUUCUCUUACAGUCAGGCAGCUGUAUAUCUAGGAUGUGGCAAUUUUGCAUUUGUUGGCUGUGGAAGCAUGCUUUGGGCCUGUACAAGUUUGGGAUUCAUUGUUCACUCAAGGACAGAGAAAAAAAAAAUCUUCCUGUGUCUGUUUAAAUAA